AUGACCAUACCCGAAGACAAAUCUUCAUCUUCCAAACCCGAUGACCAGCAUCCUAAAACCCUUCACCCUGCUUACUCUGUUUCGAAUAUCCAGUCCAAAAUUCGAGUUCUUGAUGGUACCUCUAUUACCUAUUCCUCCUGGGUAAAAUUAUUCAAAUUCCACGCUAUCGCAUACAGGGUCCUAAACCACAUCGACGACACACCAGCCCCCGCAACCACAGAUCCAAAUUAUUCGGAGUGGAAGGAAUUGGAUGCUUUAGUCUCUCAGUGGAUAUAUUGCACGGUCUCUGAUGAUCUGCUGACCAGAAUUCUCGACACUGAAGCUUCGGCUCGAACCAGUUGGCUAAAACUAGAGAAAAUCUUUCUGAGCAAUAAGAAAGCCAAAGCUGCAGCACUUGAAACCCGGUUUGUAAAUCUCACACUCGCAGCCUGUAGUUCUGUUGAAGAUUAUUGCAAGCAACUAAAAGACUUGGCCAAUCAAUUGGAAGAUGUUGACCAACCGAUUACAGAAUCACGCUUGGUACUGCAGUUGGUUUGUGGGCUUUCCCAAGAAUUCGAUACUACUGCCUCGUUAAUUAAUUCCCAAGAUGCUGGCUAG